GCAUUAUGUGACUUAGUUGGAAUUACAUACGAAGCCAGUGAACAAUAGUCAAGCCUUUCAAGAGCACACCUUGGUCCAAAACUUCCCUCUCUUUGAAUCAAGUUUUGUGGCCAUGGUGCAGUAAGAGGAUAGAGUGAUCUUUUCUCACUCUAACCACCUAGUGAGGCUAGUUAGUGUAUGAUCAGAAGCAAGUUUCAAAUAUAUAACCAUGUCAUCUGUUUCUUGGCUCACCUCUCCUGAAUGUUCAACCUCAGUCAUUCAAUCCUCAGAUAGUGUUUCAGCUGCAAUCCAAUGGCUGGGGUUCAUCUUCCUAUCUCCAUGUCCCCAAAGACUUCUCUUUUCAGCCAUUGAUGUACUAUUCUUGUUGACCCUUUUCGUUUUUUCGAUCCGAAAGCUAUACAGUAGAUUCUUUCCCAAAAGCACUUCCAAUUCCUCAAUAAACAAGCCCCUACUUGAAAGCAACAAAUCCCAUUUCAGAGCCACCACCUGGUUCAACCUCUCUCUAGUUCUAACAUUUCUGUUAGCAACAUGUUACACGGUGCUAUGCAUUCUAGCUUUUAUUCGAGGUACCAAAUCUCCAUGGCUGCUAACAGAAGCUCUAUUUUGGUUAGUCCAAGCGAUAACCCAUGUCGCAAUUUUGAUCCUUAUUGCACAUGAGAAGAAAUUUGAAGCUGUUAUUCAUCCUAUGUCCCUUAGGAUCUAUUGGGUGGCCAACUUUGUUCUUGUAUCUUUGCUCACUGCUUCAGGUGUCACUCGUUUUAUUACGGUUGGUGGCAAUUUCGACAGCGCCAUGAAAACUGAUGAUAUAGUUUUCUUUGUUGUGCUUCCAACGUCUGCAUUCCUUUUUGUUGUUGCCAUUCAAGGAUCAUCUGGGAUUGUACUUAGAGAACCAGAAAUAGAUACAAACUCAAGGCCACAAGUAAAUGGGACUUCUUUGAUAAAUCCUAAUGUGAGUGGCUACGCUACUGCUUCUUGGUUCUCCAAAGUUACUUGGCAUUGGAUGAGUCCUUUAUUAAGUAAGGGAUACAAAUCCACUCUGAAAGUGGAUGAUGUUCCUUCACUUUCACCGGAUCAUCGUGCUGAAAUAAUGGCGGAGGUUUUCGAAACAAAUUGGCCUAAACCAGAAGAGAAUUCCAAAAACCCACUUCGAACCACUUUGCUCCAUUGCUUCUGGAAGCAGAUUGUUUUCAAUGGUUUUCUUGCCAUUGUCCGGUUGUCUGUUAUGUACGUGGGUCCAGUUCUAAUCAAUGAAUUUGUAAAUUUCACAUCUGGGAAGGGAAGCAGCCCCUAUGAAGGAUACUAUCUGGUUUUGAUCCUCCUACUUGCGAAUAUAGUUGAAGUCCUUAGUUCCCACCAUUUCAAUUUCCACUCACGAAAACUAGGAAUGCUAAUCCGGUGCACUGUCAUUUCCGCCUUAUACAAGAAGGGUCUAAAAUUAUCUUGCUCAUCGCGACAAGCUCAUGGGGUUGGACAGAUAGUGAAUUACAUGGCGGUCGAUGCUCAACAGCUCUCUGAUUUGAUGGUACAGUUGCAUUCACUAUGGCUAAUGCCAUUUCAACUUGGCGUUGCCUUAGCCCUUCUUUAUUUCUACAUGGGCCUAUCCAUGUUUGCAGCAUUGGUCGCAGUUAUCGCAGUUAUGAUCUUUAGUCUCAUGCGAACGCGCAAAAACAACACGUUCCAGUACUUUGUGAUGACGAGUCGUGAUUCUAGGCUCAAGGCCACUAAUGAAAUGCUGAGCAAUAUGAGGGUAAUCAAAUUCCAAGCGUGGGAGGAACAUUUUAACAAAAGAAUUCAAUCUUGUCGAGAAAACGAAUAUGGGUGGCUUAGCAAGUUUACCUACUCAAUGUCCUGGACCAUGAUUGUGCUAUGGAGUAUGCCUGUUAUAAUGGCAGCUCUUGUUUUCGGGGUAGCGAUUGUCUUGGGAGACAUUCUUGAUCCAGGAAGAGUUUUCACAGCAGUAACUGUUCUUAGAAUUAUACAGGACCCCGUUCAGACAUUCCCCCAGGCUCUCGUAUCAGUUACUCAAGCGUUGAUCUCAUUAGAAAGGUUGGAGGGGUUUCUGAUAAGCAGGGAGUUGGAUGAGAGAGCUGUGGAGAGAGUGGAUGGUUGUGAUGGUAGGGUCGCGGUGGAGGUGAGAGAUGGGUAUUUUUCAUGGGAUGAUGAGGGGGAAGAUGCUGUUUUGAAAGGUAUGAAUCUAGAGAUCAAGAAAGGCGAGCUUGCUGCAAUUGUUGGAACUGUUGGGUCUGGAAAGUCUUCCUUAUUGGCUUCAAUUCUUGGCGAGCUUCACAAGAAGUCAGGAAAGGUUAGAGUUUGUGGAACUACUGCCUAUGUGGCGCAAACGUCGUGGAUACAAAAUGCAACUAUCCAAGAAAACAUAUUGUUUGGUUCACCAAUGGACAAGGAAAGAUACAAUGAAGUCAUUAGAGUUUGUUGCCUGGAGAAGGAUUUGGAAAUAAUGGAGCAUGGUGACCAGACCGAGAUUGGAGAACGCGGAAUCAAUCUUAGUGGGGGCCAGAAGCAGAGGGUACAACUUGCUAGAGCUGUUUAUCAGGACUGUGAUAUUUAUCUUCUUGACGAUAUAUUCAGCGCUGUUGAUGCUCAUACUGGAUCAGAAAUAUUCAAGGAAUGUGUGAGAGGAGUUCUCAAAGAUAAGACCAUUUUACUCGUGACACACCAAGUUGACUUCCUACAUAAUGCUAGCCAAAUAGUGGUCAUGAGAGAUGGUAUGAUCGUGCAAUCUGGGAGGUAUCAAGAGCUUCUUGAAUCUGGCAUGGAUUUUGGUGCACUUGUAGCUGCCUACGAGACCUCCAUGGAGCUUGCGGAAAUGAGCACUACCAUAUCAGCUGACAGUCCACAGACACCAAAGUCACCCAUUACCCCCAUAAGCCGAGGGAAGUCUAUUGGUGAAAACAGGUCUUUGGAUCGAUCCCAGUCGAAAAAGGGCACCUCAAAGCUCAUAGAAGAUGAGGAGAGAGAAACUGGCAAUGUUAACUCAGAAGUGUACAAGCAAUAUUGCACAGAGGCAUAUGGAUGGUGGGGAGUUGCAGCAGUGAUAGUGACAUCUGUCUUUUGGCAGUUAUCUUUUAUGGGGGGUGACUACUGGCUAGCAUAUGAGACCUCAGAAAGUACCGUUUUCAGACCUUCUCUAUUUCUUGGCAUCUACUUGGCCAUAGCCGGAGUUGCAUGUGUGUCGGUGGUGAUUAGAGCAUUUCUUGUAGCAAUUUUGGGUCUUAAAACAGCUCAGAAGUUCUUCAGUCAAAUUCUUCAUAGUAUCCUCCAUGCUCCGAUGUCAUUUUUUGAUACUACACCAUCGGGAAGAAUUCUAAGUCGGGCAUCAGCUGAUCAAGCUGCUGUUGACUUUAUUAUCCCACUCUUAUUAAGUAUGACACUAGUGAUGUACUUCAACUUGCUCAUCAUUGUGGUUGUUACAUGCAUGAAUGCUUGGCCAACAAUAGUCCUUGUAAUUCCUAUGGUCUGGGUGAAUAUCUGGUACCAGAGAUACUACCUUGCAACAUCACGCGAGUUAAGUCGUCUUGAUUCAAUUACUAAAGCCCCAGUCAUACAUCACUUCUCAGAAACUGUCUCUGGUGUUAUAACUAUCCGCAGCUUCAGGACACAGGAAAAGUUUUUUCAGGAAAGUGUUGACAAGGUCAAUGCAAAUUUACGCAUGGCUUUCCACAACAAUGCAUCAAACGAGUGGUUGGGUUUCCGGUUAGAACUGAUUGGGACUUUUUUCCUGUGCUUUGCCACCAUUUGCAUGGUCUUGUUGCCAAGUACUGUAAUCCAGCCAGAGUAUGUGGGCUUGACUCUUUCAUAUGGCCUUUCCCUGAAUGGUUUACUCUUUUGGACGGUGUAUAUUACUUGCACGGUGGAGAAGCAAAUGGUUUCAGUUGAGAGAAUAAGGCAGUUUGUAAGAAUCCCAUCAGAAGCUCCAUGGAGGAUACCUGACUGUGUUCCUUCUCCAAAUUGGCCCCAUCGCGGUGACAUUGACAUAAAGGACUUGCAGGUUAGAUACCGACCGAACACUCCUCUAGUUCUCAAAGGCGUUGCUCUUAACGUUCACGGAGGAGAGAAGAUUGGCGUUGUUGGGCGAACUGGGAGUGGGAAGUCAACUCUGAUCCAAGUGCUCUUCAGGCUAGUGGAGCCUUCUCAUGGGAAAAUUAUCAUUGACGGGGUUGACAUUUGCAAACUCGGCCUACAUGAUCUUAGGUCUCGAUUUGGGAUUAUCCCUCAGGACCCAGUGCUUUUUGAAGGAACAAUAAGGAGCAAUAUUGACCCCGUUGGGUUGUAUUCAGAUGACAAGAUAUGGAAGGCCCUCGAACGCUGUCAACUGAAAGAUGUGGUGGCUGCAAAGCCUGAAAAGCUUGAUGCUCCAGUGGCUGAUGGUGGAGACAAUUGGAGUGUGGGACAAAAGCAGCUUCUGUGUUUGGGGAGGAUCAUGCUAAAGCGCAGCAAGAUUCUGUUUAUGGAUGAAGCAACAGCUUCCGUUGACUCCCAAACUGAUGCUGUUGUCCAAAGAGCCAUACGCGAGGAUUUCGCAGCUUGUACCAUUAUAAGCAUUGCUCACAGAAUACCCACAGUUAUGGACUGUGAUAGAGUGUUGGUGAUGGAUGCGGGACAGGUGAAGGAGUUUGAUGCCCCGUCUCAGUUGCUGAAGAGGCCUUCCUUGUUUGGAGCAUUAGUACAAGAGUAUGCAAGCCGGUCAGAAAUAUGAGCAUUACCGAGAAAUUACUCAAGCUUCUGGGAAUACAGCUACAUGUACCGACCUUGUCUCCGGAAGACACAAGACUCAUGGUUGGUGGGUAUUGGGGCGGGCACACUACGCGACUGUGUUCCCCAGAUACAAAAUAAUUUCUCGAGCGCAACCAUUGCUAUAGGUGCAACAUAUUUAGAGAGCCAGUUGGUGGGAAUCUCUUGUUAAGAAGAGCUAUGCACUUGUGUUAUUAGAUGCUAGGAUUGCCCAAAUUGUAGCCUUAUUAUUAGGAUCAAUUUUUGUGAUGUCAAUAGUUUACUUUUAUGUGUAAAUUUAUCCUUUCUUCUAAAAUUUAUCACUCCCUUCAUUUA